GCCCGCGCGCGGGAAGCCGAGAACGACGCGGGGACACGAACUCUGGUGGGCACCAAGUUCGCGUUAACAACAAUCACCACUAACAACACUAACACCACCACAGCCCGGGUUAAUGGGUCAUUAGUUGUUAUUUGUUUUAUUGCAGCUGCUGCUGUCGUUGUUGUUAUGAGCAAGCAAAAUCGUGUUGGCGGCCGCUCGUUGUUGAAAUCGCGCGACUGACUGACGCUGGUCGCGUCGCCUGAGGCGCAGAGAGGGGGAAUUCCGAAGUUGAUUUUUGGCACCGACGUCACUGUCGGGAGAGUGCGAAAUGGAAGUCACCGGGGAGCAGCUCAUUUUGGAAGAAAAUGUUGACGACAAUUUCAUCCCUUCAGAACUGGAGAUAAUGGAUUAUGCCAUGGAGAUUGGCAUUGACCCAGAGAAGGAGCCAGAGUUAAUGUGGCUGGCACGGGAAGGCAUUUUUACACCUCUCCCAAAAGAGUGGAAGCCCUGCCAGGACGUGAAUGGAGACAUCUAUUACUUCAACUUCUCCACGGGCAUGUCCAGCUGGGACCACCCAUGUGACGAAUAUUACCGGCAAAUGGUGGAAAAGGAGAGGGAGCGCCUGGCUAAGCAAGAGACAGUGAAAGCACAGGACCAGAAGGAUAAAAAGAAGAAGAAAAAGACCAAAGAGAAGAAGAAAGAUAAUAAUAAAGACAAAAAAGGGGAACAGCCUGCACUGAAAACAACUGGAGGCCUCAACCCGGUUCAGGCACCGCUGGGAAGCUUGGCACCAGUUCAGAAGCCUCUCCUAGGCCUGGCUCCAAUUCAGAUGCCUGCCAGAGGUCUGGCGCCUCUUCAGCCUCUGUCUGGGAACCUAGCCCCCAUACGCGGCCCUGUGGAGUCUUUGGACAACCUUGGGGUAUCACCCAGCAGCUCAAUGGACAGCCUUGGCUUCUUGAAGGGGCCCAAGAAGAAUGUGGAUCGCGGUCGGGUUGGUGGAGGCAAAAAAAAGGAGAAUACUUUUGGCGGUGAGGCUGGUAUUGGUGAUGACGUUGAAAAUGAUGAGAGCCCUCUGUGCGCAGCAGAAUUUCUGAAACAUCUGCACUUGGACAUUGAUGAAGACGAUUUUCAAUUUGAGGAAUCUGAAGCCAGUGAAAACAUCAGAGAGCUGCAGGUUACAGAAGACACUGAUGAAGAUGGUGCUACACUCGAUAAAGAUCCUGCUAUGUCUGCUCUUCCAAGCAAAAUGUCAAGUCGUUUUAACUUAAUGGGCUUUGAUAAUUUUCCACCACAGCUUGAUAAUAAAAAAACAGAGGUGUCUGCUCUUCCAAAUCAAUUUUCAAGUCGUUUUAACGUAAUGGACAUUGAUGACUUACCACCGCUGCUUGAUAAUCAAAAGUCAGAGCACGCAGACCCUCCCGUGUUUCCUGUGCAUGAUGAUGUGGACAACAAAACAAACAAAGACAAAGGGAAGACAGAUGAGACGACUAAAAGUCAUGAAGCUUGGUCAGAGGAGGCAAAAGUUUCUCUUGCAGCCAGCGGAGAUGCAAAUGUGACACAGAGCCUCAUAGAUGAGGCUCCUGAAGACAGUGUCCAUAGUGUACAUUCUUUAAAAGUAUCCAACUCAGAGGCUGACGAACCACUUUCAUCAGGCAAGUUUGGAUUGGAGGCAAGCAGUUCAAGCGUGCCGCUCAUGGUUGUCGAGGAUCCCGUGAAAGAUGGGCAUGACAGCGAGGGAAGAGUGUCGGAUUGCUUGAAAAAUAAACCUCGAAAUGAACGAGAAGGCCGAGAGAAGCAGCUGCAGAAGGACAACGAUGAUGCACUGGAGGAGCUGAAGAAGCAGCUGGAGAAGGAGUUGACUGAGCAGGAGGAGAAGCUGCAAGAAGAAAAGGAAGAGCGCCUCCGGAAGCUCAGGAACAAACUUCAGCAAGAAGAAACCGACACGGCAAAGCAGCUUGAGGAGGAGCUGAAGAAGACUAAGAGGACUGUGGAGGAGCAGCAUCGGGAUGAGCUGCAAAGAGAAGAGGCUCGCCUGAAGGAGGAAUACGCGCAGACGCUCGUGCGCGUUCGAGAAUCCCUCCGGCAGGAGACUGAGGAGGAGGAACGGAAAUUAAAGCUACAGAAAGAAAAGACCUUGCAGGAGCAGAAUGAGCUAUUUCUUUCGAUGGAAAGAGAUCGGCUUGAAGCAGACAAGGAAGGUGCUUUGAAAGCGCUGCGCGAGGAGCUUGAAGCUGAGAAGCAGCAGGUAUUGGAAAAGCUAAAAGAAACACAUUUGCAUGAGUUGGACGAGUUGAAGUCUGCAGUCCAAGAGAGGCAUGGAAAGGAUAUUGAUCAUUUAAAGAAAGAGCUGGAGGAAACUCAGAUGUUGGAAAAAGACGAUGUUACGGAGAGACUUAAAAAGGCACAACUUCGACAGCAGCAGGUGGAUGAUUAUGAAAAACAGCUCAGUGAACUGAUGAGAGAGCGAAGGACUGAUGUGGAAAGGGAGCAUGUGCAGAAGCUUGAUGAGAUGAAGGCUGACCACACGAAAAGUCUGCACAAAAUCCGGGAGGAUCACAUGCAAGAGGAAAGUAAUCUACGUAGAUCGCUGAUGGACAGCUGGAAGGAGGAGCGAGAGAGGCUUCAGGAGCGGCACGAAGAGGAGCUAUCAGAGAUGAGACGAGACCAGGAGAGGAGACUGGAGCAGCUGACCCUUGCCAACGCAGAGCGGGAGAGAGACUGGAAGGAAGAACAUGAGCGUUUACAGCUGAACAUUCUUGACCUUUCUGCAAAGAAGUUGCAGCUGCAGAAUGAGGUGGAGGUUGAAAGGAAACAGAUGCAGCUGAGGAAAGAAGAGCAAGAUGCAUAUGAGAAGGAGAUACAAGCCAAAAACGGGGAGCUGCAGGAGCGCAUGGCCCGGGUUGUGGAGGCCCUGCAGAAGGAGGAGAAGACCCUUGAGGCGUCGAUGCACACCGCUCGGCGAGAUCUGCAAGAGAUGGAGAGGCAGAAGGCUAAACUGGCGGCCGAGUUGGAUGCCUUGAAGGGCGAGGGUGUCCGGCUAAAAAAUAAACUUGGUGAACUGCAAGAAAGCGUUACCCGCCAAGAGGGCGUGGAGGCUGCGUUCAGGGAGUUAAGCGAAGAUACUCAUGGAGAGCUUCGUGCAGAGGAUCUCACAGGUCCUGAGGUGACGAGAUCGAGUGUGGAACCAGGCUCAAGCAAUGCAGAGGAUCAACGGAUUGAAAAUAAGCUCAAGGAUAUCAGCAGCAUUAGACAGUACAUUGCCCAGGAGGAAUGUUCCCUGCAGCGCGCACAACGCUUCAUAACCGAGCAGAUGAGCAGCCUGCGCCACCAGGACAAUGCCCUGAGGUCAGCAAAGAGAUCACAGCGCACGCUCAGCAUUUCUGGCACAACAGCGGAGGGGGACAACUCCCACAGGGUCCUGGAGCAGGAAGCAAAGCAUCUGGCUGCGUUUAGAAGCACAAUGCGUAAAGGGUUCAGCCUUCUGCGGGAGAAGGAGGAGAAAUUGGGGCUGCUGAAGGAGUCCGUGAUGGACGUGUUGUCAGAUGAAGAAAGCCAAGGAGUGCCACUGGAUGGCAAGAGAGUUACAUUUGAUGUCGACAUGUCAUCGGACGAUCUCAGCAGCGAAAUCGACUUGGACUUCAGCUCUCAGCAACGGAUCCCACAGUCUGCUGUGCAAGGCGUUGAAGUGCAGCACCUAAGCUCCUCCAUACAGAGGCUGAGUCGAGAACUUACAAACGUUCUCACAUUGCUGGGACAGGCGCAGCCUUCGUUAACAACAUUUGGCACUCGAUUUGCAACAGGUGCCUUACCGCCAGCUGUGACCGGGGGUGUACCCAUCUCGGCAUACUUCAGGCCAUCCCAGAUGGGCCUUGGGUCUUCUGCUCCUCUGGCUCAUGCUUGGGGCCCUGUGCCGGCAAGUGUCACUCAGUCUGUGGAUGAAAUGAUGGCUGAGAAGUGGCGCAAGUAUUUUCCAGGAGGAAUUCCCCCACUUGGAUCUACCUCCACUAUCAGGACGGAGAACAUGAUGGGAUACCUAUCUGCCAGUGAGCAGAUACGCCGAUUCCAACAAGCUGGAGCCUUAGGAGUCGGUGUGGACCCAUCCAGCCUGCAGGACUCGAUCGCCCAACACAGAAAGUGGCUGCACGACUUCAGAAAAGACAGCAAAUCCCCUCUGAUUCCUGCCAGUACUACCAUGUCCCUGUCCGGUCGGCCGCUCCAGCUGGGCUUGGAUGAACACAACAGCAUCCACGUCUAUCAACAGUGACGGAGGCCACCUGACGGGGAACUACCAACUUGUGUGCUGCGCGAUCCUGGUUCUAUGCACUUAGCGGAUUUUAGAAUGUUUACUUGACUCAUUUGAAGCAACAGCUGCAAUAGCUUCGAAACUAAGUCCUGAUGGGUGGUGUGAUUGGGUGCGUUUAAUAAAAAUGAGGUGGCCAGCACAAUUGAAAGGCGUUGUUUUAAAGAUGAAGCUUGUAUCGCGGAUUGACCAAAUGGAAGACACUACUUAAUUUUACUGUGAUACGUGUUCGUCAUUUUGGAGGCACGAAAUAAUGUACGACAGAGGCCACUUGUGACCUGUUUCAGAAGAAAUGCAGAACUCGUUCUGUCACCGCACAAUUUAUUUUUUUAAGAAGUGUUUUUUUUAAGGAAAAAGCAUUCACUCUGUGAUGAUGUAACUCAUCUCGGUACUUGCUGAUAAGCCACUCAUUUUUGAAAUCACUCUUAAAAAGUGCCUUCAAAAUGCAAUGAGCUUGUGGGUAAUACAUUCUCACACGUCAUAUGUGUUUAAACGUGACCAAUUUAAUUGUACAAUGAAGAUGUUAACAUGGUUACAAUUUAAAUUCUUGAUACAACUACGUUGUUUUUUUUUAAAGAAUAAUUAUUCCUACGUAACAAAUAUGUUACACUUCUUGCAUAUGAAACUUAAACUGGUUUGAUGGACCAUAUCGUGAACCACUGUCAUCCACGCUGCUUCAUUGGAGGAACAGCAAAUCGACACGAGCUCUCUCCUGAAGCCCUGUCGUGGCUAUCAGACCUCCACAUUUGAAUUUAGCUGCUGAACAUCUUGCCAUACGCAAGAACAGAAUGAGCUUGAUCUUGUUCAAUAAAGACAUAACCAUCUUACACAGUGGUAUAGCCUUAACUUUAUAAAACAUAAUCUAUUUUCUAAGCAAUAACAUUAAAAAUGGUAAUUGAAUGUAAUUUGUAUUUGAUAGGAUACACCGCAACACCUGUAUAUUUUUUGCUUCAAUGUAUGUAAAGGUGUGUUAUUUAAAAUCAGUUUAGAACAUUGCUUAUACACAGUUGAGUUGUAUAAAUGUUAUAAUUAAGGUUUUGUAAUACUGUACGUGGCAUUUUUAGACCCAUGUGCACGCCUGCUUUGUUGAGAUUUAACUUUUCCGUUGUGAAUGUCACAUUUACAAUUGAUACAUUCAACGGGAAUUGGGAAUCACAUCUAAUCCAACACGUGAGCAUUGGUUUUAAUGUAUUUUAAGCAAUCAAAUGGUGUUUGUUGUUGAGCAAAAUCUCAAAGUUUUCUUUCGUGUGACAUUCAAAUAUUUUACUUUGUAUGUGUGCUGUGUUGCAUCAUUGCUCUACGUUCAUCUUGGGUUUUUGUUCCAUACGUGUGUGUGUUUUAAACAAUUAAAUACCGCACUUAAUAAA